CUCCUCCGUCCAGCCUCCGGGGCGGGGACUGUUGGCUCGCCCUACCCUCGCAGCCUGAGCCUGCCCUCCGCCAGACGGGUCCCCUCCAAGCGGCACCACGGCUUCCCUACAACAGCACGGAGACGGGGGCUUCCCCUCAGCGGCCGCCGCUGCCUCGGUCUCCGCAGCCGGCCAAGCUCCGGCGCGUCCGCGGCCCGCGGCUGCCAUGCAGUUUAUGUUGCUUUUUAGUCGUCAGGGAAAGCUACGGCUGCAGAAAUGGUAUGUCCCACUCUCAGACAAAGAGAAGAAGAAGAUCACAAGAGAACUUGUUCAAACCGUUUUAGCUCGGAAACCGAAGAUGUGCAGCUUCCUGGAGUGGAGAGAUCUGAAGAUUGUUUAUAAAAGAUAUGCCAGUUUAUAUUUUUGCUGUGCUAUUGAGGAUCAGGACAAUGAACUGAUUACCCUGGAAAUUAUCCAUCGUUACGUGGAAUUACUUGACAAGUAUUUUGGCAGCGUGUGUGAACUUGAUAUCAUCUUUAAUUUUGAGAAGGCCUAUUUCAUUUUGGAUGAAUUUCUUUUGGGAGGAGAAGUUCAGGAAACGUCCAAGAAAAAUGUCCUUAAAGCAAUUGAACAGGCUGAUCUCCUGCAGGAGGAAGCUGAAACCCCACGCAGUGUUCUUGAAGAAAUUGGACUGACAUAAUUGUCCUCCCUUGCUGAUGACUUCUUGUGGCAUUUCACAUACUGUAGAUGGUCACUGCCUCUCAUGUCCAUGUUAGCUAAUGGUGUAAGAUGAUGUCUUGUCAGUAUUACUGUUUUGCUAAGCUGCUUCAUUCAGGCCUACCCAAUUUUUUUUAAAGGGAACUUUGGUUAAUCAAAUGAUAAAUUAAGGGACCUAAAUACAAAUUAGAAAGAUGUAGAAAAAGUAACACUUCUGGACAUUUUAAAGUCAGUCUCAUAAUUAUGUGCAUAUAUAAAAAUGAUAUGUCUAUAUUCAUGUAUACCCAACAAUCUGGCAAAAUACAUUUACUACUAUACUUGAAAAAGGAAACUUAAAUUCUGUGAAACCUGGUUUGACGAAACCAAAGACUUGAGUAGUAUUUCAGUAUAUGUAAGAAGAAAGGAAAUCUACACAUCACGUAUCAAAUGAAAGAAAGUUUAUUGAAAAUUUAAGCAGCCAAAUUUGUACCAAAGAACCUUAUUUGGAUACAACAUACAUUUUAAACAAAGGGAAUCGAUGCUUUAGAGGACUAACUUAGAAUGAUGCUAUUUUACAAUAAAAUUAAGUAUUCUGAAUAAGUGGGACAGGGAACAAAGACUUUCCUGAUCUUGAGCACAUAAUUUUUAAGGCCAAGGAACAUUCGACUCCUGAGGUGAAGUUUUAGUGGUCAUAAUCAUGUAGCUACUAAAUUAUUUUCAAUGCCCCAAACUAAGUAGGAUGGUAAAUUACCAGGUAUGUUUCUCACUUCACGAAGUGUUACAUAAAGUCAUAAUCUAAAGCAUGAAUGUUCCUUCUGGAGUGCUUGUUAAAGCCUUUUUUUUUUGCUUCCCCAUUGCUUCCUUCCAAUUAUAAGUGCUACAAACUCGACAGCAGUUCCCUUUCCUUCCAUAUCACUGCCUAGUCAUCGGAAGUCUUACGGAAAUUUAAGAUACCUUUCAUAGAGCAAAGUGAGAGUUGAGUGAAGUAAAUGGCAUUAGUUGGCCCUCUAUUUUUUCAAGCUAUAUAAAUGCUCGGCAUCACUUUUAUACAUACUGACACAUACCUGAACACAUCCCCCUGAUUUCUACUUUGCCCUGUAUAUGCUAGGCUGGAGUAAGCUUUGCUGUGAUUGUGAACAACUUUCAAGCCACUUGAACACUGUCUUAUCACAUCACUGAUUAAUAGUAAUAAAUGUUCUACAAACACUGUGGUGGUUCUCUUAUCUCUUUCCAAAGUUUUGUCAAACUAGGGAGAGCUGUUGAAAGAAGGGUUCUGCUUUUUCGAUACAGUGCUGACAAUCCCUCUCAUCUGACACCCCAUUCCCUGCACUGGAAUGUGAUAGUGCUUGCAGACACACACAAAAACGGCAAAAGAGUCAAGGAAUUUCCAUGUACAUCCAGCUCAUUAAAAAAAAAAUCACAUGAAUUCUAUGCUAUCAAGAACUUACAACGCAUUUAUUUUCAAUUAAUAAAUGCCACUUUUAAAACCUUGAUGCAAUUGCCUUCUAUACGCUUUCUGAUUUAGCAACUCAGAUUACUCCGGAUAAUCAAAUAAUAUCCAAAUGAUGAAUCCUCACUUCCUACAUGAGGAAGUGCUAGCACAUGCAACUGACUGCUGCCUAAUGUAAGCAACAAGUCAAAACUUCCAGUUACAACAGUGAUAAUGGUUAUGGGGCCUUCUGCUACUACGAAUAGAAACCGGUACAUUCUAAGCCUGAGGUAUUUAAGAACGAGGAAAGGAUUCUCAGCAAAUGAAGUUGAACAGUCAUCUGUAGAUUUAAAGGGCUUUUGUGAGUGCAGCUGUUCACUGAAAAGCCUGUGGGCUUCUGUCAGUAAUGUGGAGUUGAGUGGUAAGUGGUUUAGCACAGACACACAGGCACCCGAUCAUUAGAGUAAAUGUAAGCUCAAAGUCACUAUCGGGGUAAUGAUCUAGUCACAGGUUUUCUCAACUUCCCCUGCAGUCUGUACUGGCCAAUUAACAUUUGAGGGGAAGGUAAUCACCUGUUCAGUUGUCUUCCUUUUCCAUCAUGAUCUAAGAAUAUUUAGCUUUACGACCGGGGAUGUACCUCAGUGGUAGAGCCCUUGCCUACCAUGUUGGAAGCCUCAACAUCACACAUACAAAACAAUCUUUACAUAAUCUUGGCUGAAGUUUGAACAGUAUUUUAAAAGUACCGAAUUUACUUAAAAUUAUUCAGCAUUAAUGAACCUAGUGAACCUAAUCCAUAAUUUUUAGUGUGAAGCAAGCAUUUAGAAUCAAAACAAGUUGCAUUUUCUUAAACAUUUUUUAA